AUGGCAAAGGCACGUGUCAAGAAGCGCACCCAUCUGCGCGCGCAGAAUGCUUCUGCUGCGUCCAAGGGCAGCGGUGCUAUCCAGAGCAAGGCGCCCAAGUCCAUGGUCAUUCGUGUUGGUGCUUCUCAGGUCGGUACCAGCGUCAGCCAGCUCGUCAAAGAUGUUCGUCAUAUGAUGGAGCCCGAUACGGCUGUGCGAUUGAAGGAACGCCAAUCCAACCGACUGCGGGACUAUACCGUGAUGGCCGGACCGCUCGGUGUCACGCAUCUGAUGCUUUUCUCCAAGUCAAACACGGGAAACACCAAUAUGCGACUCGCUGUCACGCCUCGCGGCCCGACCCUCUACUUCAAGGUUGAGCAAUAUUCUCUUUGCAAAGACGUUGAGCGCUCUCAAAAGCGCCCGCGGAGCGGUGGACAGGACCACAAGACACCGCCGCUGCUGGUUAUGAACAACUUCAACUCGCCCGAUGCCACCGAGGAUUCCAAAGUGCCGAAGCGACUCGAGACUCUUACCACCACUAUCUUCCAAUCCCUCUUCCCUCCGAUCAACCCCCAAGCUACACCGCUCUCCUCCAUUCGUCGUGUCAUGCUCCUGAACCGAGAACCGGCCAAGUCUGAAAACGACGACUCGUACGUUAUUAGCCUCCGACACUACGCUAUUGUCACAAAGAAGACCGGGUUGUCAAAACGGAUCCGUCGCUUGGACCCCAAGGAGAUCCGCAACAGGGAUAAGAAGGCUGCCGUCCCAAACCUUGGCAAGCUUGAAGAUGCUGCCGACUACCUCCUUGACCCGUCUGCCGCUGGUUACACAUCUGCCAGUGAGACCGAAUUGGACACCGAUGCCGAGGUGGAGGUUGCAGAGAGCACGACCCGAAAAGUCCUGAACAAGCGUGAAGCCCAGCGCCAAAAGGCCGGCGAUAACGCUGAGAAGAAGCCUUCUACUCCCGGUGUUGAGAAGCGAGCUGUCAAGUUGGUUGAACUCGGACCCCGCCUGAAGCUUCGUCUAAUGAAGGUCGAGGACGGCGUCUGUGAUGGCAGAGUUAUGUGGCAUGACUUCAUCACAAAGAGUGAGAAGGAGAUUAGGGCGCUAGACCAGAACUGGGCUGUGAAGAGAAAGGAGAAGGCGGCGCGCAAGAAGCAGCAGAGGGAGAACAUCGAAAAGAAGAAGAAGGAUAAGGCGAAGGCCAAGGCCAAUGGCGAGAAUGUGGAGGAUGAUGACGAGGAUGUUGAUAUGGACGAGGACGAGUGGUUCAGUGACGAAGAUGCCGAGGGCGCUGAGGACUCGGAUGAGAUGGAGGAGUAA